AUGGCCUCGGAUCUCGAUCGAAGCCUUUGCCGGCUGCAGAUAAGAGACUCCAGUGAGUCAGGCUCUUGUAUCUCGGUAGCAUACUCGACCGGAGAGUUCGGAGAUGAAAUGUCCUCGAUUCAUCAUGAUCGUCCGCUUUCCACGCUCGAACGCGUCUUUUCCACCCACACACCCAUCUUCGAGUCCUUCCUCCUCCAAGCCCCUACCGACACCAUAUUCCGCCUCUAUCAUACCUGCAACUACCUGAGGAUAUUCCUAAGAUCGUACCCCACGGCAUGGCAAUAUCUCUCAUUCCGUCUGCUCAUGCCGUCGGCCACCCAGGUUCGCCCCAUUACUGCUGGAACAGAUGGCCAAGCCGUACAGCGACAAUCGAGACCAUAUGCCCUCGAUCAGUUGCUUUCUCACGUCGUCAUACCAUUUAGCCCGUCACUGAAGAGCCUGGAUUUAGAUAAUACCGCCGUGUCCGGUCAGAAUCUCAUCUCAACGGUCCUCAAUGCAAGAAGGGACACCCUCGAACACCUUUCCGUUCGGGGUUGCAAGAAUGUUUCCCUGAAAUAUCAUAUUAUCCCGUAUCUCACCAUGUAUGGGCUGCAGUAUGACGCAGAUAUGAAAUCAAGAUCAAGUUCAUCUCCAAAGGUUAAGCAUCUUGCACUUAAAAGUCUCUAUACUUACCGCUGCAGACACCAUCGACGCCGACCCUAUCUCACUUCGUCGCUGCUUCGGAGAGAUUCAGAUUCUGAGCCUACGCACGAGCUUGUCAAUCUGUGUCACAAACUCGGAAUCUGGACGGACACAGCGUGGUGCACUACUCCAGCCGGUCGUUGUUUCCGGAGAAGAGGGUACGUCUCGAUCCGCGUGUCUCAAGGGACUCCUGAAGUGUGGGUCGUGUUCGACAGGCUUUGGAGGUCCAAGAACUGGAUAGGGUCCGUUUCUGAUGCUGGAGAACCCCCCAAGCGUGAUGGAAAAUUAUGGGAACAUGACGAAACAGGAUGCUAUGGAGAGGCCCUUGGGACUCGCGACGGACGUUCUCACGGCGAGGGAAAGACGGUGCCGGCACAUCUACGAAGGAGCCACAGGAAGUUUGUCGAAAACAUAAAAUGUGAUUCAUGCCUUGAGGAGAUACAUGAGCGAUGUGAGCAGUGCAGCGUGUUGAUGCACUGCGUGGGCUGCCGAAAAACACUCUGUUACAGUUGUGCGUACAACACUCCAUAUCUAAAAGAGCCAGGAGCAGAAGGGGAUGGCCCCCAACCCAGCUUCUGGUGGGCUCCUGGUGCUACUACGUCCCCAUGCUCCAUGCAAGAACCUUCCGACUCCCAGAACAACGCGAACGCUCCCAAUAAUAACAACCCCCAAAACGGUGGUCCGGUCCCGAUAACAUAUCCUUCACUUAAAUUCCGGUGGUGUUGUACCGAGCCUACGUUUACAGGUGGUGGUGGAAUUAGCAUUGGACAGGGAAGUCGGGAUGUUGAUCGAAUGCGAGCAGCUCCUCUCCCAAAAGCUCAAGGGUGGGAAGAUCCCGAAUACUCUUCGAAUGAAUGGAGUAAAACAUUCCCUACAUAUGCCUACGGCGACCCGUCAAGGCCCGACUAUACUCUCGCAGAGGGACAUGUGGAAAUGAUGCGAUGGCUACUUGGACCACCAAAUCAUCAGGCUUCGCAGUGUCCUCGGAAUCUGUGUCAGGAAUGCUACGAAUCUCCACAGUGGAAAGUCCAUUGCAAGGCAUGUUCUAGGCCUUUGUGCAUGGAGCAUGACUUACGCGGACUGCGUCUUCGCAUUUGUGGCUAUCGGGACCUCUUCAUGGAGAAGAUUGCCAUUGAUUAUUCACCAGCUGCGAAUGCCGCACUCGCGCAGGGGUCAGAAAGACCACCAGUUCCACGUCCGUCUUCUGUUCCUGAUCUAGCUGCGAACAGCUUAACGCAGACCAACAACAACCCCACGAACACCGAGCCAACCUCUAGCCAACCGAGGUCCAGUCCCCAGGCUAACGGCGCCACUGAGGAUAAGCGCCCUCGAAACUCGGCCACAAGCUCCAACAAUCAUACUCGUGCCUCCUCCCCAGCAUCUGCGUUCUGUGAAUCGCCCGUAAGGAUCGAGAAAUGGCAGGGAUGCCAGUCCUUUUUUUGCCCGGAGUACCGUGCUGCAGGUGAUAAACGACAACGCUGUACUAGCGUGCUAAAUGAAUGCACUUCUUGCUCAGUUCAUGUAUGUCAGGACUGUGUCCGUGCCAAUCCACCCUGCACCUGUUCCUUUUGCAUGAAUAAAUAUCUCUGUCCAAAUUGCUAUCUUGUCGUCGUCCGAAAUGGAACCUGCCGUCGACUCGAGGAAGAAAGAGCCAAAUAUUUGCAAAGGCAACGAGCUGGUCUGGAAAUGCUCGAUGUUGCGCUAGAGCGUCAUAUCGCAAACGAAGUUGCUGGAUUCGCCGGCCAAUUCUUCGGUGGACUAUCAACGAGCAGCAGUCAAGCUGGAUUCGACCACAUUGAGCAUAGUGGCCAGUUUGAUAUUCAUACAGCACCGUUCUUGGACCAGUACGAUGGCGUUCCCCAGGACGAUCUUCAGGCACAGGAGUACGAUUUUCCAUUCACUCAUGCUCCGCCUCUUCAUCCAUAUGAUGAUGAGGAAAUUGAGCAAGCAGAGAGUGGGUCAGAACGGACAGACCUUGUUCCUGGGGGUGUUUCUUGA